AUGGAUGCCCACUUGGCCUCAUCCCAGCUGCGCAUGUUCAAACAAAUAUGUCCAUUUCUAGCACGCACCUCACCCCUCAGCUUGAGAAAGAUGUCCACCCAAUCAGCCAUGGGUCAUCGUACAUCAAAAGAGCUCUUCGAUUACGAAAAAUUCUACCACGAUGAACUGGACAAGAAACAUCAAGACAAAAGCUACAGAUAUUUCAACAAUAUCAAUAGAUUGGCAGCCAAAUUCCCGAUCGCCCAUACCGCCGAACCAAAGGAGGAAGUUACUGUUUGGUGCAGCAAUGAUUAUCUUGGAAUGUCGAAGCAUCCGCUGGUUUUAGAAUCCAUGAGAAAUACUUUGACCAAGUACGGAGCCGGCGCUGGAGGGACUCGAAACAUCGCAGGAAAUGCAGCCCUCCAUCUUUCGUUAGAGUCCACCCUGGCCGACCUCCAUCGCAAAGAAGCUGCGCUGGUGUUUAGCAGCUGUUAUGUAGCCAACGAUGCGACCUUAAGCACCUUAGGUUCCAAGCUACCAGGAUGUGUGAUUUUCUCAGACUCGUCUAAUCAUGCGUCGAUGAUCCAAGGAAUCAAGCAUUCACGGGCCGAAAAAGUGAUCUUCAAACACAACGAUCUGGUCGACUUGGAAGCCAAACUAGCCAGCUAUCCCCGCGAUCGUCCCAAAAUUAUCGCCUUCGAGAGCGUCUAUUCGAUGUGUGGCUCCGUCGGCCCGAUCGAAGCUAUCUGUGAUUUGGCUGAGAAGUAUGGCGCCAUCACUUUCUUGGAUGAAGUACAUGCCAUCGGCAUGUAUGGCCCUCGCGGUGCUGGCGUGGCUGAACAUUGCGACUUUGAAGCCCAAUCGAAAGGCGGCAAGAAACGCAGUGUAAUGGAUCGAAUCGACAUCAUCACUGCCACAUUGGGAAAGGCCUACGGUGUAGUAGGAGGCUACAUUGCGGGCUCCAGCUCCUUAGUCGACAUGGUCAGAUCCUAUGCGCCCGGGUUCAUCUUCACGACGUCUUUACCUCCUGCGAUCGUGUCCGGUGCUCUGACUGCGGUUAAAUAUCAAAGGGAUAAUCUCGACGAUCGUCGUCUUCAGCAAUUGAACACCAUCGAGCUCAAAGAAAAACUAGUCAACCAAUUUGAUCUGCCAGUCAUGACUAAUCCUAGUCAUAUCGUUCCAAUCUUGAUCGGCGAUCCGGCCAAGGCUAAGAUGGCUAGUGACUUACUCUUAAGCAAGCAUAGCAUAUAUGUACAAUCAAUUAACUACCCAACUGUUCCUAAAGGAGAAGAGCGCUUGAGAAUAACGCCCACGCCUGGGCACAGCGUCGAGCAAGAAGCAAAACUAGUUGAAGCGUUAGAUUCGAUCUGGAAGGAACUAAGCCUCAACCGAACUGCCGAUUGGAAAAGACUCGGCGGCCGGGCGGGGGUUGGCGUCCCGGAGGAGCCAACAGACAGUCCGCCGCCUGUCGAGGAACGCAUCUGGACCGACGAGCAGCUAGGCUUGGUCGAUGGCUCCCAUCCUGUCCGCAUCGGCCGCCAUCUGAACCCUCUUCACUUAGACCCCAAUGAUCAGCAUCGCCCUCACCAGCAGCAAAGCACGCUUCUCUCUUCGCCAAAGGAAAACCCCGUCCCUUUCGACCUCGAGCUUGACCCGGCUCACCCCGCGUUUACCAAAAAUUACCAGGCUGUCAUUUAA